UUCAUUUUUAGACAUGGGGGGCAACUGAAACUCGGCUGAUCCCUCGGGCCGACGAUGACAACCGCAGAAGGCGCGAUUUAGACAGGAGCACCGAUGCCUAUCUGAACGAAUAUCCGUAGCCAAAACGUGUCCAUUUUCGCCGGAAAGACCUUUUAAUUCAUUGCGGGAUUGGCGAAAAUAGAGCUAAACCUGCCAUAUCCCCGUGGCGCCGAAGCAGAUCUUCCCGUCGAGGGAUCAAAAGCUGCGGGGGACACUGUCGACAGAGCCUCUCGUGUGCGCAGCUUGUUAGUUCUCAUCUGUGCAAUUUGAACGUCGGGUCAUUCAUCUUCAUCCUCUGCGAAUUGCAAGAACCAACCUUGGCCCUCCCUCCCAAGGUGGCGCAGCCCUUCUGGAAAAUGCAGGCCUCGCGCUGCUGCUUUUCGCUUGCUCUCCUCCUCCUGUUCUCCUCCUACUUUACAUUUGCCUCCUGCCUGUCGACCGCCGAAGCAUCCCUGAUCGCCGGCCGCCAGCUCUUGGCCCUCCGCGAGAACGCUGCGUUGCCCCGUAAUUAUGAAUACUUGGUCGAUGUGAAUGAGACUUUCGCCAAUUCCAGGCUCAGGCGAGCGUACAUCGCUCUCCAGGCGUGGAAGAAGGCCAUGUACUCUGACCCUCUCAACACGACCAGAAAUUGGGUAGGGCCCAGUGUUUGCGAUUACAACGGCGUCUUCUGCUCGCCGGCUCUUGACGACCCGAACCUGAGUGUUGUUGCCGGGGUCGACCUUAACGGUGCUGAUAUCGCAGGGUACCUUCCUCCGGAGCUUGGUUUGUUGGGCGAUCUCGCUCUCUUCCACAUCAACUCAAACCGGUUUUGCGGAGUAAUUCCUGAGAGCUUCGAGAAGCUCACAAUCCUUUACGAGCUCGAUGUAAGCAACAACCGUUUCGUCGGACUGUUUCCGAAAGUGGUUUUGUCCUUGCCGCAAUUGAAGUAUCUCGACAUUAGGUACAACGAUUUCGAGGGGAAAUUGCCGCCUCAGCUUUUCGAUAAGGACUUUGACGCGAUCUUCCUGAAUAACAACCGGUUCACGUCCACGAUCCCCGAAAAUUUCGGGAACUCCCGGGCCUCUGUCGUGGUUGUCGCCAACAAUGAUCUGAAAGGGUGCAUUCCUAGAAGCAUCGGCAAGAUGGCUAACACAUUGAAUGAGGUCAUUUUCAUGAACAAUGACCUCUCUGGGUGUCUACCGCCCGAGAUCGGGAUGCUUGGGAACGCGACGGUCCUGGAUGUGGCAUCGAAUUCGUUCUUAGGUACAUUGCCAAAGAGCUUCCAGGGCCUUUCCGCGAUCGAGCAGUUGGAUAUCUCGGGGAACAAGAUGACGGGGUUCGUUCCAGGAGGAAUCUGCAAGUUGCCGAAGUUGACGAACUUCACGUUUUCAAACAACUACUUCAAUGGUGAGGAUCAAGCUUGUGAGCCACCUACCAGGAGAGGCAUUUUCUUGGAUGACAGAGACAAUUGCUUGCCUGAUAGGCCAAGGCAAAGGCCUGCUAAGACUUGUGUUCCGGUGGUGAGCAAGCCUGUCGAUUGCGGCAAAUCCAGAUGUGGAGGGCCAUCGCCGUCGUUGAAUCCGAAGCCUCCAGCUUCAACACCAUCCCCUCCCAAGCGCAAGCUGCAUCCACCGCCUUCUCCAAAGUCUCCUCCACCAAAAUUGACACCGCCACCGCCUGUUCAAUCUCCUCCUCCUCCUCCCGUUCAUUCACCAUCACCGCCGGUACAUUCCCCGCCGCCGCCUGUACAUUCGCCUCCACCGCCACCACCAAUCCAUUCUCCUCCUCCACCGGUGCACUCCCCACCUCCCCCACCGGUGCACUCUCCCCUACCACCGCCACCGCCUGUUCACUCACCUCCACCCCCGAUCAAGUCUCCUUCACCUCUAGUUCAGUCGCCGCCGCCGCCGCCGCCAUCGGUUUUCUCACCCCCGCCGAGGGUUCAUUCUCCACCACCGCCAGUCUCGUCGCCUCCGCCACCAGUACACUCCCCACCACCACCUCCUGUCUUUUCUCCUCCACCACCUCCAACUCCAACGAUCAUCCUGCCCCCAGAAAUCGGCUCCCGGUACCCCUCGCCUCCACCUCCAGCAUUCCUCGGUUACUGAAGAUCCGACGACUUGUCAUUUGGCCCGCUCAUUUUUGACUCUGCCCCAGUUGAAAUUAUAUGAUCCGAAAGCCAGCAAGCGAAGCGUGCACAUUGCGCACAAAAUUUUGCUAGAUGUAGCAAUCUAUUGGAUUAUGGUGAAAGUUCAACACAGCUUGAAAUGUGCCCUAGGAGGCACUUAAGUGACCUGACCAUGGCCACAAAACUGUACAUCUUUCGACUAGAAGUAAAGUUCUGAUCUUGGGUGUGUGUGUGUUGUUUCAUCAGUUUCUGCUGUUCCGGGGAUACGUUCGGUACGUGUAAGGAAGGGAGCAAAACAUGACCCAACUCGGUUCAGUUCCCUCUUUCUGUGUAAUUGUAUUAGAUGAAUGAGAAGGCGAACUAACAUGGA